UUUUGUUACUGAUGACGAAAAGAGGAGGAAUAUGUCGCAUGGUGAAGAGUACCUUAUGGGUACGAUGGUUAUGUUAUCAUUGCUACGAUUACCACUAUCAUUGUUGUUACCAUUAGAAGAAAUGGUCAAUCAUAAGAAUCAGCAUAUGGUGGUGACGGAACGUAUGCAGCACCUGACAAGAAUCAUCACUUUUCGUGCUGAUCAUUGUCAUCGUUGCGGCCGUCAACGUCGUUAUCAUUGAUUUCGUUGACAAGACGGCAUCGAAAGCAGCCCUAAAUGAACCAACAAAAUAACACCACCGACAGACCGAAUCAUACCUCUGUCAUCUUCCUUUGC